CUGAUUUUUAUCAUUUAUUCAUCAGUAUCAGUAGUAUUCAGUUCACGAUCAGUAGGUUUUGUGAGAGAAGGCACUAGGGCUACAAAAUCAAACGUCAAGCCUUACUCCAUCCUUAAAGCGGCGUCGGAUUGGACUAUAAUGAUGGACACGUAUGAAAAACAAUAUAAAAUCCCCGAGGAUAUUUGUGCGUCGGCCUCCAGACCGGAUAUAUUUUUGUUUUCGCGAAUUUUAAAGCGCGUAGUGAUGAUAGAGCUUACGGUCCCUUGGGAAACCAACAUCCCCAAAGACCAUACCAUCAAGGUCAACAAAUAUUACGAGCUCACAAACGAACUCACUCGAAAUAGGUUCGUAGUAGAUUUGUACGCGGUAGAGGUGGGAGCGAGAGGUAUAACAGCGAAAUCUCUCUAUAAAGCCUACUAA